ACUUCACGCACUCGCACAUUCAUUCCGACGCUCGACUCCUGUCAACAAUAAUUGAUAUACACUGCAAUGCUCAGUCAGGUGUUGGUGGUCCUGGUGGUGGUGGGCGUGACCCUGGCUGACCCUGAUGUUUAUGAACCAGUCUACAAACCGGAGCCGCUGCCCUACUACUUCAACUACAACGUGUAUGACGACUACAAGGGCACCAACUACGGCCAGCAGGAGAAGUCCGACGGUAAAGCUGUGUACGGCUCCUACACCGUUGACCUCCCCGACGGUCGCAAACAAAGGGUGGACUACACAGCUGACCACUACAAGGGCUACGUGGCCAAGGUCAGCUACUACGGCAAGGCUCAGCACCCUAAAUACUACGGCCCAGCCAUCACCUUCAAGCACCAAGGCUACGGCCACUGAGAACUACUACACCACAGACCCACUAUAUACAAAAUAUAGGCAUUUUUUCUAAUAUAAUAAUAAU